UCUGUCUUCUCGCUCGCAUUGCCCAAGGGCCAUCCAUUCCUCCCCGUUCUUUCCUUCUACUGGCUUAGCUGCUCUUGGAUAAUAGUGCCACGGAAGCAGCGGCCCUACCUCUCGUUCUUUGCUCCCUUCUUUCUCUCUAUCGCCUCGUUUAAUUUUAUCACACCCUCGCGUAUUCCACCUUUUCCAUCUCGCCGUGCGUUGAUGAUUCCCUUGAAUCCCUCAUCCUAAUCCACACUCCAAGAAUGCCCUGCGUCGCAUCAACAACCUAGGCAACAUCUCCAUCCUCAGCCGCCAUCCCCUCUCAUCCCUCAUGAUCACCAUCACGCCAACGAGUCUGCCUUACCGGCGGCUACUGCAGACUAUCAGGACAACUCUGACCUCCACAUACCUUGACCUACAGCAACACACCUACACCAUCCUCGAUUUGCAAUACGUUUUUCUCUUGGCCCUCUUCUCGUUCUGCUGCUAUCUGAUAGACCAGCCCGUCUGGUUCAAGUCAUCUGUCGCCUUGCUAGUCCUCUUAUUCCUUAUUUUUCAGACCACUCGGAGUUUUAUUCUACCCUUUCUUGCAAUUGCCAGCUGGCUGACUCUCUUUUACAGCUGCCGCUUCAUUCCUUCCGAAUGGAGACCUCAUAUAUACACCUCAGUACUUCCUGCACUCGACAACAUCAUCUACGGUGGAAACCUUUCGAACCUACUUGCUAGCUCAACUACGCCCUGGAAAGACUUACUGGCCUGGCUUCCCUAUGGCAUCUUUCAUUUUGUGAUGCCAAUCGUGGUGGCGAUCUGGAUCACUAUGUUCGCACCCGUGGGGACUUUACCAGUCUUCGCGAGGACCUUCGGCUACAUGAAUGUAGCAGGAGUGCUAACUCAGCUCCUCUUUCCUUGUGCUCCUCCAUGGUACGAGAUGCGAUAUGAGCCACUACAGCCUGCUAUGUAUUCUAUGCCGGGUGACCCAGGCGGAUUGACGCGCGUGGACGAUAUCCUCGGGACAAACAUGUACCGCUCAACCUUCACAGCCUCACCGCUCGUGUUCGGAGCCUUUCCGUCUCUGCAUUCCGGAUGCGCUUGGCAACUGGCAUUCUUUACAGUGUUUGUGUUCGGCCCUCGAUCGAUCCCGUUGGCGCUAUUUUAUGUCUUUUGGAUCUGGUGGGCAGCCAUGUAUCUUGGUCAUCAUUAUGUUAUCGACUUGGUCGGGGGAGGCAUCUAUGCCGUUGUUGCAUUCUGGAUCGGGUCUUCGUUUUUGCCUUCGGUUAUGUCUAACGACGGCAUCAACGAUUUCGUUCUGGAGAAGCAGGUCUUGCUCCAGAGAUCGCCGCACACUCUGACCAGCGAGAGGAAGGAAUGGAAACAAAUGCAGGAGGACAGCGACGAUGAUACAACAGAAGGCUCCAUAGACACAAUUGUGGUACAGAUGGAAACAGCGGCUGACGCGAAUUCGAUUGCAAAUACCAUGUCAGUCAUGAACAGGAGCUAUGAGAGCCCUGUUUCUCAAUCUUGGAAUGGAUGGCAAGGUUAUGGAAACUGGUUGGUCAUUUUAUCGUCCAUGAAGUCAGGAAAAAGAGUCCCCAGGACCUCUCCCAACGUCUCGCCAAGGUCUCAACUCAAGCCUGCUCUACACUUUUCACCGGCAGGGGAAUCUACUAUGAUUCUCCCCAACCAGAGCUCGUAUACUAUCGAUGACAUCGACCUGGAAACAAUCUGUGUAGAAAACGACGUAGCAGAAUGCGCUGGACUUAGCUUGUCAAAUCUAGCAUCACCACCGCUCUCGACUUUAUCUAUACCUUCGGUCGCAGGCGAUAUCCAAUCGACGACAGCAGCCAGUAUUACAAUAGCAGCGACCAUGGGAACGAGUGCGGACGAUAGUGACAAAAGAUCCAUACGACCUGCACAUCUUUCUAUUCCGAACUCACCAUCCGCCACACCAGCACCUACCAGUCUGCUCAAGUCCACAUUUUUAGACCCGGAAUUUGGAACCCCUGGAUUAAAUACUGUAGGAUCUGGGCUCGGCUUAGGUCUUACGGGUUCCAUCUCCUCUGCGUUGCUCGUCUCGACGGCUGGUACCUCGAGUGCGAGCGUGAACGUGGGCAGCAAGCGGCUCAAGGACGAUUGAUUUGCAGUCUUCAUGUAUGAUGAGAACAAUCUCAUCAUCUUUUUUAUAACUCUUGGACGUCUUGCUCUCCUUUGUACCAUAGUCCUACGACGUUUUCACCUGUAACAUUAUUCUCACACCUGCCAAGGUUCAUUUUUGCCCAAAAGUGUAAUUUUAUUUCACGAUCAUCCUCCCCUCUGUAAUAAAACGCCGGCCAUUAGAGCCGGGUUUAAAAAACGUAGGGGGAAACAUUAAGGAUACGUUUCACAUAGACCCCUUUGUUGUAAUCUGGCUGCUGCUGUAGUAGCCGGUAGAUCGAAGAUUGUGUAUGAGCGAUAAGCGGA